GCAGUGUCGAAAAUGUUUUUUUUUCUUUCAAAAACAGUGAAAAAAUGCGACUUUGUGUCAUUUUUAAUCUUAUCUGAACUCUCUAAAAGUCUUCAUAAAAAAAAUACUAGUGCCUCCUCUACUACACUUGAGACUUGAGAGUCUCCCUUAGUCAAAUCCCAAAGGGUCUUCUUUUCUUUUUCUCAAAAAGCUUCAACUUUUAUUUUGCUGAGCUCCUCCCUGAUCUUCAAUGGAGACAAGGACGAAGCUACACUUUCUUUCUCUUUUUCUUUUCUUUCUCCUUCUUCCAGUAGCAGCCUCUUUCAUUCCACUAGACAAUUACCUUCUCAACUGUGGUUCACCCUCCAAUGCUACGCUCUUCAACCGGGUCUUCAUUGGUGAUUCAUCGAAACCGGGUUCGGGUUUUCUCUCUUCAGACCGGUCCAUCUCGUUCAAGAACCAGAACCCAUCUCCAAACUUAUCUCCCAUUUACAGCACGGCUAGAGUUUUCACCACUGCUUCGGGGUAUAACUUCAACAUCAAGAAGAAUGGGACUCACAUAGUACGUUUCCACUUCUCACCUUUUGUUGCUCCUAGUUUUCCAUUACCAUCUGCAAAUUUUACAAUUUCUGUAGAUGGGAUUUUGAUUUUGAAAAAUUCCCAAGUUAAAGAUACUUUGAUUAAGGAGUAUAUAAUGAAAAUAGACAAAGUUGAACUUGAAAUUGUAUUCAGUCCCUUGGGUAAUUCGGGUUUCGCUUAUGUGAAUGCUAUUGAAGUUUUUUCUGCCCCUGAUGACUUUACUGUUGAUUACGGAGCUAAAUAUGUUAAAGCUGAUGGAGAUGAAGAGUACAAGAAUCUCUCUUCUCAUGUUUUUGAAACUAUUCAGAGAAUCAAUGUUGGAGGUUCAAAGUUAACCCCUUUUAACGAUACUUUGUGGAGAACUUGGUUACCUGAUGAGGAAUAUCUUGUUCUACCAUUUGCUGCCAAGCCUGCAGUUACCACUCAUACUCCAAAUUAUCAGAAAGGAGGUGCAAGUAGAGAGAUUGCUCCGGAUAAUGUCUAUAUGACUGCCCAGCAGAUGAAUAGGACUAACUUAAAUGUGGACGCUAGAUUCAAUGUUACUUGGAAAUUCCCAGUAGGUUCAGGUGGAGUUCCACACUUGGUUCGCUUGCAUUUCUGUGACAUUGUUAGUCCUAGUCUUAACUUACUCUACUUCAGUGUGUAUAUCAAUGGGUACUCUGCUUACAGAGAUCUUGAUCUCUCAGCUCUAACUGUUCACUUACUUGCUUCUCCAGUCUAUAUAGAUUUUGUUGUCGAUUCUGACGAUUCAGGGUUUAUGCAAGUUAGUAUUGGCCCUUCUGAUCUGAGCCCUCCAUCGAGGAUUAAUGCCAUUUUGAAUGGGGCAGAGAUAAUGAAGAUGCUUAAUGUCGUCCCUUCGCAGUCAAAGGGUGGGAUUAGUAAGAAAACAAUUUGGAUUUUGGUGGGUUCAAUUGUUGGAGGAGUUAUUUUGCUGUGCUUGGUUAUACUUGGAAUACUUCUUUCUUUCAGACGAAAAAAGAGGAAGCCAAAACCAAGACCUGCAGAGAGUGUUGGCUGGACGCCUUUACGCGUAUUUGGAGGCAGUUCGCUUAGUAGAAUGUCUGAAGGAACCACCCUUGCAUCUCCAGGACCAAAUGGAUAUCUUGGCUUGAGAAUCCCUUUCACUGAGAUCCUGUCAGCUACAAAUAACUUUGAUAAGAAUCUGAUUGUAGGUUCUGGUGGAUUUGGUAUUGUGUACAAAGGUGUUUUGAGGGACAACAUAAAGGUUGCUGUGAAGAGAGGUCAGCCAGGAUCUAGGCAGGGCCUUCCUGAGUUCCAGACCGAGAUAACAGUUUUGUCGAAAAUACGCCACCUUCAUCUUGUUUCACUUGUUGGUUAUUGUGAUGAACAAUCAGAAAUGAUAUUAAUAUAUGAAUAUAUGGAAAAGGGAACCUUGAGAAAUCAUUUGUAUGGCCCAAGGUUCACACCAUUGUCUUGGAAGAAACGACUUGAGAUAUGCAUUGGUUCAGCAAGAGGUCUUCACUACCUUCAUACUGGUUCAGCACAAGGAAUUAUCCACCGAGAUAUUAAAUCAACAAACAUUUUGCUUGAUGAGAACUAUGUGGCCAAGGUGGCAGAUUUCGGUCUUUCAAGAUCCGGUCCAUGUCUCAGUGAAACCCAUGUAAGCACUGGUGUGAAAGGCAGUUUUGGCUAUCUUGAUCCUGAGUACUUUCGCAGGCAGCAACUCACAGAUAAGUCAGAUGUUUAUUCAUUUGGGGUUGUGCUCUUUGAAGUUCUUUGCGCUAGGCCAGCCGUUGAUCCAUUGCUUGCAAGAGAACAGGUGAACUUAGCUGAAUGGGCACUUCAAUGGCAGAAGAAAGGCAUGCUCGAGAAAAUAAUCGAUCGCCAUCUUGUUGGACAGAUCAAACCAAGCUCGUUGAAAAAAUACGGAGAAACAGCAGAGAAAUGUUUGGCUGAAUAUGGUGUUGAUCGGCCAACAAUGGGUGAUGUGCUAUGGAAUUUGGAAUAUGCACUUCAGCUUCAGGAGUCUGAACCACAGACUCAACAGGAAGAAGUUGGCAAUGUCGAUUCGCAGGAGCUGUCAACUACUACAACUCCUUCUACCAAUGCAAGAAGAGAAGAAGAAGCUGAUGGCAGUGGUAGUUUAGAAAUUAAUUCAAGCCAAGUUUUUUCCCAACUAAUGACCAAUGACGGCAGAUAACUUCAGCUCAAGCUGCAGCAUUCAGUUUUUGCUACAUAAAUCUACUCUAAUGUCAUCUGUCACAAGUUACAACAUCAGAAGCAACAUAUUUUAGAGGUACUGAAAUAUUAACAUAAAGAAUUCUUGUUUCGUUUUAUCAUUUUUUUUUCCAACAUAUAUAUUUUUGGUUGCCAAAACAUACAUAUUCAUAUGGAACAUAAUACAUACAUGGGCUUCUAGUUUCUUAGCCUUCUUAGUUCAGUGGCUUAUAACUGUUUUAUGGCUUUUUCUAUUGUUGUAUCCACUGAAUAUAUAACUAGUGAAACUGUUUAAAGGUG